AUGUUGGAUACGAUUCCUGACUACACAUUUGCUAAAGCUUUCGUAUCUGUAUUGGACCCCAAAACACACAAUAACUACUGUGGUAUCACUAACAACUUUCCUGUCAAUUACAAUUCCACUCGAAUAACAGAUGAUAUAGAAUCUACCAGCUACGCUAAGGGUUAUGAUGAAAUAUAUUUGGUUAGAGCUACGGGGGAUGCUUUUAUUGGAGGGUUGGCGGGAAGAUUCUUAAAAGGCAAUGUCAUAUUGUACAACAAACGCGGACAAAGGAUUCACCAGUCAAUAAGUAACAUUAUUACAGCUAAAUUAUCAUAUAUUAAUCAUGAUUCGACAUCCCAUACAUCUUCAUUAGAGGCUGCUGAUGAUAUGCAAGACAUCAACGCUGAUGAUUGUUAUGUAUCAGUUAAACUACUAACAAACGGUUUAUUUGAGGUUUCUUACAUCCCUCACAAAUCUGGAUUAUAUAAUCUGCACGUCCUAUGCAAUGGAAAGCAUAUUGAAAAUUCCCCAUUUGAUGUUAAAAUUUUGCAUGGACCAGCAUACGGGCCGAAUUGUUUCAUUGAAGCAUUAGAAUACCACUCCCACACUCAAUAUAAUGGAUUAUUGAUACAUGCGGUGGAUUCGGAAGACAACAGAAUUGAGAUAGGCGGUGAUAAUUUCGAUAUUGUACCCAUUGGGAAUGUAAAAAUCAUUUCUACCCGUGAUCUGUCAAAUGGAGAUUACUUGGUCACAUAUAGCGUGUCAAAUUUUUAUGUAUAUGAAAAGUGUCAAAUACAAGUCAAAUUGAAUGGGUUGGAAAUUAAAAAUUCGCCAUUUUCUCUAAAUCAACUCAUCCAUACGCCUCAGAAAGACUUUGUCAAACACAUAUCUAAAGAGUACCAAAUGUUACUGCAACUGAAGAAUUGCUUGGAAAACAAAAAAAGAAUUCAAUUAGAACAUGCUGAAUUGAGUCAACAAAUACAGAAAGUCCGUGAUGAUUGCAACAUGACGUAUGUUGCUUUGAACAAGAAGAUAGUGUACAAUUUGCCGGUGAACCUCAAGUUGGAGGAUUUGGAUAAAAGGAAGAUUGAACAGCAGGAUAUGAUGAAAGAAUAUAUAAAGAAGCAUGCAGAAUUGGCGCAAAGGGCCGAGAAGAUUGAUCAGGAUACGCAACGGUUAGUUGAGUUAGAGAGGGAGAUAAUUGAUACCCUUAGGGAUAAAUUUAAGCAAUUGAAAGAGACAAACAGGAAAUACAUAUUAUCACACAAAAUAAUGGAGAAUGAAUUAAUUAGAAAGACAAUGGAAAGAAGGAAGAGCAGUAACAAGAAUAGUAGUGAGUAUUCGAAUAGUUGCAGUGACAUUAGAGACUCGAGAAAUGAGUAUUAUUACAGUGAUAAUUUGGGCUGUGUGCCUGGGUUUUACCAUUCUGGGAAGCAAAAUAAAAACACCUUCAAAAUUUGCGAAACAAAACCUGACAACCCACAUUCCCCUGCCUUUUGGCUUGUGGAAGGGAGAUUCCUUCACAAAAUCGCCUAG